ACCAGCUUAUGACUAAAUGACUCCUUCAGCUCUAAAUCACAGUAGGUUUAGAUCCAAUCGUCUUUAUCCUCAAUGGAUUUUCUCACUCUCCCUCCCCGCCCAAUCCACCAUGGAUUCCACCUCUAGCUCUCUGUCUUUUAUCUCCUUCCUUGCACAAUAAAACAGUCGCUGAAAAGUCUCUGAGGAAAUCAGACAAGACACGGAGUGCGAGAAGGAGAAAACUCUAUACAAAUUAUGGCUACUUUGAUUGUAGAUAGUCUUGGGAGUUUAGGAAUUUCGGUUUUGUGAUGAGUUUACUGGGUUUAGAGAGGAAAAGAAAAUUAAAGAUUAAGAGAAGAAAAAUAUGAUUUCUUCGGGGAUAAACGUGGUGAUGACGGUGAUAGGAUUCGCUGUGAGCACUAUGUUCAUAGUCUUCGUCUGCACGCGGCUGGUUUGUGCCCGGAUUCAUUUGAAUGCUUCGAGAAGAUCAUUUCCUAUUGCUUCAAGAUCUGAUCUCAGUCUGCUGGAGCGAGGGUUACAUGGUCUUGAGCCUGUAGUGGUGGCCAACUUCCCAACAAAGAAGUACAGUGAUGAGUUCUUCUCUGCUGUCGAAGAUGCUCAGUGCUCAGUUUGCCUUUCAGAAUACCAUAGCGAAGACAUAUUGCGGAUCCUCCCUUAUUGUGGGCACUCCUUCCAUGUAGCCUGUAUAGACAUAUGGCUGCAACAGCAUUCUACAUGUCCUGUUUGUCGAAUAUCACUCCGGGAAUUUCCUGAUAGAAAACAUGUAAUGCAACCCUUGUUCAGUUCAGCAAUUAGAUCUCAGUACGGUAACGAAUCCUUUGACACACAUUCAUACAAUUAUUUGAUGUCUGAACACGGGCUUUCGUCGAGAACCCAUGACAGUCAUGGGAUGGACCCAAUACAAGAAGAUCGUUGCACAUCUCAAGAUGAUGAACAAGAGGCCGGUGGGGCUGUCUCCCCUGUUUCUGAUAGUAAUCUCACCACUAAAACCGUGGGAAGCAAGCACGUCGAGAGCCCAUCAAAUCCCUAAAUUUAAUUGAUUAGUAUCUCAUGAAUCAGCAUUUAUGGGGACUUCCUGAUUUUCUGAGUUUGAAGAUGUGUAUAAAUGCAUUGGAUGUUGAAACUUGGAUUGCAACUUGAUAUUCCUCAGGAAGUCCAAUAUUGUUCGAUGUUCCCUUUUUUUUUUUUUCUGUAAAUAUCGCCAUAGCCUUUUCUUCUUCUUCUUGCUCUCUUAGCCACUCAGACAUUAGCUGGUUUCUGGGCAGUUUUGUUAGUCACAGAUGCAAAAGUACUA